AUGGUUAAGCUCGGACUGUGGUCACUAUUUUUAUUUUCCCUGGUAAAUUUCGCUUAUUCCGAAGGUGAAAUUGGAGACGAAAAUGGGUUAGAAAGCUCUGGAGAGCUUCCGGAACAGAAAAAGCGCUCCAAAGCAGGCUGUAAUCGUCGAUGGGUAAGGAAAAAAAAGAUUUUUUUACAUAAAAAUCACAUGUUAUUAGUUAAAAAUUUUUUUAAUCAAAAAAAACAAAAAUUUUUUAAAUCAAAAAAUUUCAAUUUUUAGCUUGGCGGUUCUCGAACCUUCUCCCCAAACGACGUCGACGAAGAUGAUGACGACACAUCGUAUUCGAAAAGAACAGCUCAUCAAGAUGUCUAUUUAUGGCCCAGUUUGAGCGAUCGGGACCGGCAAGUCAUCCGAGACGCGUUCUUCCAAAUUUCGAGGAGGACUUGUAUAAAGUAAGCUUUGAAAAAAAGUUUGAAAUUUCCAUCAGUUUGUCGGGAAAAUAAUGAGCGAAAUUGCGCAUCGAAAAUCGCAUCGCUCAAGUCAAAAAUUUGAUUUUUGAUACAACUUGAUUUUCUCGGCGGCGAUGCGAUUUUCGCUGCGACAUUUUGCUCAUUAUUUCCCCGACAGACGAAUAUCUAAUAGCCCUUCCAUUAGAAAAAAAUAUUUUUUUCAUUCUUUUCAGGUUCGAAGAGCUCGAUUACAAGCCCUGGUACCAUGCCGACCGUUGGCAGGAGGACAAACCAUACGUUGUGAUCAAAAAGAGCAAGAAAUUCAGUGGUAAGAACCUUUUUUAAAAUUAAAAUAUCCAAACAGAUACGCCAUCUGCCUUGGCUUUCUUAACAAUUGCAAUAUACAACACAAUUUUGAAAUUGCCAUCUCAAAAGUCUUUCAGGUUACACCGACAACAACAUUGAGGACGUGACGCAACGCUCUUUGAUCUACCUCUCCGAGAAAGCGUUGAACGAGGAGAACUUCAACAACUCGCGAGGAAUGGUGAUGGAGCAGCUCCUUCGUUACAUGGGAUACCGCGAAGAGUACUUGCGGCCGGACGCCGCCUCGUAUAUCCAGCCAAAGAAGAAGAUCAAGAUCAAAAAAGCGAUCCCUUCCUUUUCGGAGGAACAACUGCAAUGGCCGUUCGAUCCGGAAAGUAUUACAAUCCCGUCGCAGGCAAGGAACUGGUAUACAGUAACUUUGUAUUGCAAUGGAAGAGAGGACAAGGAUAUUGGGAAUGGGCAACGUGCCGGGCUGCUGACACGGUAAGGUUUGGUAUCACACGUCAAAAAAAUUCUAAUUGAAAAACCAAGGAAUCCCGGACCAUUGAUUUUUUGCGAAGUGCCACAGAAAAAUCGCCUACACAGUUAGCCAAAGUGUUCGCUUGGCCUUUAUAUCUCGAAAAUGGCUGGCAAAAGAGUUGAAUUGGAUUUCGACUGCCCACGUGGAAACUUCAGCGCCUCCACAUGGGCAGUCAAAGGCCAAUUCAACUCUUUUGCAAACCAUUUUCGAAACACAAAGGCCAAGCGAACACUUUGGCUAACCGGGUAGACGAUUUUUAUGCCAAUACAAAGGUUUGGCUACCAAUCCAACUCUUUCGCUGGCCAUUUCGUUGAUUUGGAUACCAAUCUAGCCCCUGAAGUAGAUUAGUUACCACAAUAGGUCAUAAUCAAUAUUUGUGGGUCGUAAUCGUACUAGCUCUUGCUAGAAAAUCUUCUCUUCAACCGAAAUGCCUGGUUUGUGAUACUUUUUUUUACCAAAUUUGAUCCUGACCGGUCUUCAUCGUAUUUUUUAACCGUCAAAAUCUUUACUUAAUGUUUUUCCUUUCAGAUGGGACGCAGUGAAACUCAAUAGCAUGUACUGUCCGCACAUGGUUGGCUUUGCGGAUCCGACAAAAGGACCGUGUGUGGUGAAGAGAAAAGGGAAAAAGAAGAACGACUUCCGCAUUUGA